GCGCGCCGUACACAAAGGACCUCCGGAGGAUCGGUAAAGGUUAAAAAUGUAAAGGAAUUUGUCUGCGGGAAUCUCAAACACAACACACCAGUUUUGCUGUCUUUGUCCAGAUAUUUAAGAAGUGCAGCAAGGGUUUCACACGAUCAUCCUUCCUGCUCAGACUGUGGGGAGGGAUUCACUCGAUUGUCCUUCCUGCUCAGACUGUAUGGAGGGAUUCACUCUGUCAUCUAACUGACUGGCACACCCAUCGUUUUACAUGGGAGUUCACCUGCUCAGACAGUGGGAAUGGAUUCACUCGGUCAUUUCAACUGAAGGUACUUCAGCAAGUUCACACUGGGCAGAGGCUGGUCAUCUGCUGAACUUGUGGGAAAGGAUUCACUCAGACAUCUGACCUAAUGGCUCACCAGUGAGUUCACACCAGGGAGUGGCCGUUCACCUGCUGAGACUCUGGGAAGGGAUUCACUCGGUCAUCUGACGUAAUGGCUCACCAGCGGGUUCACACUGGGGAGAAGCCAUUCAUCUGCUCAGACUGUGGGAAAGGAUUCACUCGGUCAUCUGACCUAAUGGCUCACCAGCGAGUUCACACUGGGGAGAGGCCGUUCAUCUGCACAGACUGUGGGAAAGGAUUCAUUUCGCCAUCUAAACUGAAGAUACAUCAGAGAGUUCACACUGGAGAGAGGCCAUACACCUGCUCAGAUUGUGGGAAGGGAUUCACUCAGUCAUCCUACCUACUGGUACACCAGUCAGUUCACACUGGGGAAAGGCCGUUCACCUGCUCAGAGUGUGGGAAAGGAUUUACUCAAUCAUCCACCCUAAUGGCUCACCAGCGAGUUCAUAGUGGGGAGCGGCUGUUCACCUGCUCGGACUGUGGGAGGGGGUUCACUCGGUCAUAUAAACUGAAGGUACAUCAGCGAGUUCACACUGGAGAGAGGCCAUUCACCUGCUCGGACUGUGGGAAGUGAUUCACUCAGUCAUGUCUACUGAAGUUACAUCAGCGAGUUCACACUGGGGAGCGGCCGUUCACCUGCUCAGACUGUAGGAAGGGAUUCACUUGCUCAUCUCAACUGAAGGUACAUCAGCGAGUUCAUACUGGGGAGAGGCCGUUCACCUGUUCAGUC